GCGACCACAAUAUGAGUAUACGAUGAACAUUUCUAAAGUACUUCUCACUUUAUGAAAUUUCCUCACGAAGCCGACCACCAUUUCAUGCUGCCAUGGAGACAGGCAACUCGACUAGUGGCUCCAUAAACAUUGUAUGGAAUGAAGCCAUUGUGAACAAAAUUAACGACUUAAUUUUCGAUAAAAUCUACAGACCAAGUUUCAUCUACACAAUUAUUCUACUUGUGAUUGGCUGUUUAGGAAAUUCUGUUGUCUUCUACAUUUAUUUUACACGAUGGAGGAAGACAACAACGUCCAGGGUUUUCAUCUUAGCGCUUGCAGUGUUCGACUUGAUCAACAAUUUCAUUGCCACUCCGACAGAACUGUAUUUCAUGCUUAACUGGUUUCAAACAACAAACGGAGGUUUGUGCAAGUUUUCACGAUUUUUUACCCUUAUGAUGAACAACUGCUCGUCCGUGACUUUGCUUGGCAUAGCGCUGGAUCGGUACAGGAGCAUUUGUCGACCGUUUCAAACACAGAUGUCCGCGAAAAAAGUGAAAAUAAUUGUUUUCGUCGGAGUAUUUGUGGCCGUUGUCUGUGCAUGUCCUGCACUAGUUGUCUAUGGUAUACAAUCAAUUACACUUCCAAUAACCCUCAAAACGUAUAUCGUAGUCAAGAUGUGCAUGUUUGAGGAUGGUUUCGUGGAUACCGUCUACCGAAUAGUCCUAUUAGCAGGCAAUCUGUUAAUUGACAUCACACUUAUCAUAGCCUACAGUUUCAUCGCCAUUCAUUUAAACAGGAGAGGGUCAUCAUUUUUAUGUCAAACAUCCAAAGAUAUGAGAAAAGACAGUCAGAGCUACAGUCAAUCGAACACGGAGGAUGUUUUCUUGGAUGAUAAAAAUUCGGGGGAAAGUCCUUCAAUACUGAAAAAAAAUUCCAAGCAACAUGGCAGUAGUCAGGAGAAAUCGGAUUCUGAGAGCCAAGAAUUUUUGAUACAUUAUUCAAUGGAACCUACAGCAAUGGAUUUAUUUGAACCACUUUCAACAAUUCAUGAAGAGGCUGUCUAUGAAGACUAUAAUGUUCAGCUCAAAUACUUAAAUGAUGAAGAUUCAGUAUCAGAAGCAUUCACUUCAGCAGCCCAGAAAAAGGCACAAGACGAUCCCCUUUUACAACACUGGAUCAAUCUAUGUCUUGAAAACAUCCAACUGAGGAGAGACUUGGAAAGAGAGUUGUUGGAAUACAAAGAAAAUAUAGGAGUUAAUUCCAAAAAGCUUCUGGAACAGGAUCUUUUCGAACUCCAUGAAAAAUUGUGUGAACUUGAAAGUACACAUGAACAAAUGGAGAUAGAUUUAGGUGCUAGAGAUCCAUGGGGAAAGUUGUCUGUCGAUGAACUUAAAGAACGGAUUCAAGAAAAGAAAAAGAAUACGAAUCAAAAUGAUCGACAGAUUCUUAAUGAACCAGUGGAUCAGGCAACGUCCAUGUACAAUCCAAUUCAGAGAAACCAAAAUAAAGCCAAUGAAGAAUAUGUGAAUGGCAGAAACUCUGGAAAACUCGUUUUCAAGCAAAUCCAGAUAGAUAAAAAUAAAAGCCAAUCCGUAAGGGGUCUUUCUAAGGAAAGGAAAGAACGGGUUGUGAAGGAUAAGAUAAACAGAAGAAUUUUCGGAGGACACAAAAAGCGAGGGUAAAGGGAGAAUUGAAAUCAUAGUCAAAGAUCAAGUUCCACACUUUCCACCUCCAAGACUUAAAGGAACUCACGAUCUAACAACGAAGUUGCCGUAUUGUGAAAAUGCAACAGGCAAUGGAGUUGAACUACCAAAAAUACCAAACAAUUCACAAAAGAAACGCGUCACUAGCUCCUCAUCACAGCGGAUCAAAAGUGCCAGUAAGCUGCCAGAAAUUCAGACUCCAAGAGCACAGACUCGGGUCGAUCAGGCAUUUUUUAGUACAUCUGAUUCAACACAAACUGAUUUACCAUCUAAGCAGCGACAGAAACACGGCAUCUGCGAACAGAACGCUAGUGUCACUCAAACUUCUCACAACACCCUUCCUACAUUGGUGAAAACUCCAAAAACACAACAGGACAUUCGUAAUGUUUCCAAGUUCCAAAACGAAAAAAGAAGCAAGCCCUUAAUAAUACACAUGCUUACGACAUUCUAAUUAUACAACACAACGACAUCGAUGAGUCAGACAAUUACACAUCAAACAUUCAAGAAAUUCCUAAAUGUCCUCCAUUGCCAAAAAUCCCCACAGAUCAUCGUCCUUUUCGAAAUAAGACUGUUUGUAGGAAAACACCUUCCAUUCCCCCCAAAGAUACAGGAACCAAACUGGAAGACUGGUGAUACUACAGAGUUUGUCCGGGUGGGAACCGAAAAACAUUUGCAUGACAUAGCUAUUUGAAAUACAUGUAAUUAUUCAGUGAAGCUCUAAUCUAUAUGACGAACGAAUUCAAAGAUGGAAUGAUCACAACAGCUGAAGAACAUCAGAAAAUGAUGAAAACCAUUGACUGAUAAUAAUUAUACCAACUUCAGAAGAUUUGAUUAGAUAGAAUGAUAGCCAUUUCUCUCAAUAUCUACUGGCAUUAGAUGGGAAUGUAUUAUCGGAUGUCAAAUAAAAUCGUCAAAAAUGAUGUCAGAUAGUCCUGGCCUGGAUUGCUCAAAAUAAACUUAAGUCGAAACUUGGAUUCAAGUUUGAGACUUUAUCCAAAUUUUGACUGCUCAAGUAAAUGAAAACUCAAACUUAA